AUGACCAAGGAUAGAUUAGCAGCCCUCGUUGCGGCCCAGUCGGACGACGAUGACGUGGCGGACGAUGUAUCCGUCAACGUCGGCGGGCCCGAUGACUUCAUGACCGAGUUUUUCGCGGAGGUGGAGGAGAUCCGCGAAAUGAUAGACAGGAUUCAGACGAACGUAGAGGAUGUGAAGAAAAAGCAUAGCGCCAUCCUAUCGGCACCACAGACCGACGAAAAGGUCAAAAAUGAACUGGAAGAUCUGAUGUCCGACAUCAAGAAAACGGCCAACAAAGUGAGAGCCAAAUUAAAGGUGAUAGAGCAAAAUAUCGAGCAAGAGGAACAUACGAACAAAUCGUCGGCGGAUCUGAGGAUACGCAAGACACAGCACUCGACGCUGUCUAGGAAGUUCGUCGAGGUAAUGACGGAGUACAAUCGGACGCAAACCGAUUACAGAGAACGGUGUAAGGGGAGGAUACAACGACAGCUGGAAAUCACCGGUAGGACGACCACUAACGAGGAGCUGGAGGAGAUGUUGGAGCAAGGAAAUCCGGCUGUGUUCACGCAGGGGAUAAUCAUGGAAACGCAACAAGCGAAACAGACCCUCGCCGACAUCGAGGCGCGUCACGCCGACAUUAUCAAACUAGAAAAUUCGAUCAGGGAGCUACACGAUAUGUUCAUGGACAUGGCUAUGUUGGUAGAAAGUCAGGGCGAGAUGAUAGAUCGUAUAGAAUACCACGUGGAGCAUGCGGUGGACUACGUCCAGACGGCUACGCAGGACACCAAAAAAGCGCUCAAGUAUCAAAGCAAAGCCCGACGGAAGAAGAUCAUGAUCAUGAUCUGCCUUGCCAUAUUGGGCGUCGUUGUGGCCACCACCAUCGGUGGAUACUUUGGACUGUGAACGUCGCAAUCAGAAGGGUCCAAAGAGGUCGCCGUCGCGUACGCAAACGCAAAACGACGUCGGCAGCGUCUGCACCCGGACAAAUCGGCCCGAAACGUUGUUGGACACCACGCCUCUUCGAAAACGAACGAUCACCGCCAUCGACCGCGAUCGCGAGCACACGACCACGACCGCCGCAACCGCAACCGCGCCACCGCCAGCAGCAGCAACAACAGCAACGAUAGGAAAAGAUUGAACCGCGAUCACGUUCGCGGCGUUGUCGUCGACAGGUCUUUCGUCCGCGCGUGCCACUCCCCGUUCCACGGAUCGACGCAGAGAUUCCUCCUUCUGUUACACGUUUCCGCGUGUUGCACACGUUCCACCUGUCGGCUAAUCAUACUACAUAAAGAGAUCGGGAGGGAAGGAAGAGAAAGAUAAUGUGAAAACGCAAAUGAAAAUUAGAAAGAAAUUAACGGGAAGGACGAAGAAUCGCCGUCGUCGUUGUUUGUGCGAUCGUCAGUCGCCGUAGCUUCGCUGUCGUUGACUAAAGUCGGCGUCCACUUUUCGUUUCCUUUCGCGCCUACAAGUCCGAGCUCUGUAAAACACCGGAUCACGGCGCGGAUAGCUUCCCGGCUAGUCUACAUUUAGCUCUUCUAUUAGCCAGUGAGUUCCUUUGUACCAGCUCCGGAACAGAUACUUCGUUUUGGUAGCACUUUCGUGUCCUUUUAUAGCAGCUCCUCUUGGAAGCAAUGCAGUAGACGCCCGUUCAAUCACGACACAGGCGCGGUUGACAGCAACCUGGCGGAUCCGAAUUCGCGUUCAGAUGUUUCGAGCAGCCGGAUAAAAUCUAAUAUGUAGCAAGUGGGACCCGGUACGUCGUGAAAGAUCAGAGUUCGCCGUCCUACGUUCGGUAUCAGAGUGGUUUCACCGACUUCGAGAUCAAUUACUCGGACGCGGAAUAAAAUUUCGUUCAGGUGAACAAAGUUUUUGGAUGAACGGGUUUCCAUGAUUCGCGCGUGCUCCAAGCCCUCCGGCCUAGGAGAAUAGAACUAAUCGCCUGCAUCUUCUUACCCAAGCCCGAGAUCCAACAGGUGCCGAAUCCGUUGGAGGACUUGACUCAAACGACAAAUACACAUCGACUAUCUCUACCAAAGUGCAUUCUUUUGACUGUGAUUUUUUAAAAAGAAGGAAACAAAACUGAGCUUCGAAAUUAAUUCUUAACCAAUUUAUCGGAUAAUAUUUCCUUAAGUAGUUCACGAUAGCUUUGGAGAUGGCUACAUAUCAUUGUUACGAUUUGAAGCGUCUAGAACUGUAGAUUUCAGUCGAAUCCUCGCCUUCUUAGUAUACGCUCACUCCUUCUCCCCUCCCUUUCUCUUCGUUCGUCUCUUUGCGGUGCAACUGCUCUGAAUCGAGGAAAGGAAGAAUCUUCGACUUUGCGCUGUUCGAAACGCUAUCGGUAUUUGGUUCGACCGCCGCGAUUCCUUCGUCGACAAGUCGCUAACAAAUCCCCGAGAUGUACUACUCACAGCUGAAGCGUAGUCGACUCGCACCGAAGACGAAACUGUCUUACUUACAAUAACUUUUUUUGUUCGAGUUGGGAUUAAAGACGGUUUGAUCCUCGGCGUGUGUCGUGCCCGAAUCUAGUCCCGGUCCCGAAUCGUGACGAUUCUAUGUUCCACAGUUCAGUUUAUGGUUACGGAGUACGUUACCGGGUACUUCGAAAUGAUCGGUCGAGACGUUCGCCGAUCUCAACGACAAUAACAGCGACUACGACCACUACAACGGCGGCAACGACGGCAAAGACUCCCGCGCACGCUUUGUAAAACCGGGACAGAGACUAUACUUAACAACGGUUCGUUUCGUUCGUGAUCGGAGGAAGUUAACGAUUGUGCAAACAGAUUUUGAGUCGAUCGGUUUCGGCGCGUAAACGCAGAAAACAUACCUACCUAUACGAGUACCACGCCAGGAAGAGAAGGAAGAGAAGGAGGAAAACGAUGUUCACAGAGACGAGAAAACAUGACAAGGAGAGAAGAGGAGAUCUAAGAGGAAACGCUGCAGCAAUAAUAAUAAAGAUAAGUGUUACGGGAAAAUAAUUAACGCUAAUAACAAUCGUCGUCGAUAAAAUCUGGAUCAUACCGAUGUAUCGUAAUCUACACGAAGUGUAUACAUAUUUAAUGCUAUAUGUGUAUAUAUGUAUGUAUAUAUACACACACAGACACACGACACACACGUGCAUUUGCGCUCGGUGCGUAAACAAACGUGCUACCACACACGACACCGACGUACGUGGACGCGGCGUGUAUUCGCGCAUGCGCGAAUACACGCCGCGUACUAAGUACGGGCGUAAAAGAGACGUACACGACAUAUACGUACAUACAUGAGACACGCGCGUAAACGCAGGUGCGUACGUGGCCACCCAGAAAGAAACGCGUUCACGCAACAUUAUUACAUGUAUAUAUAUAUAAAAAAAAAUAGUUAGUCGGCACUGUCGAAAAGAGUAAUAUAUUAACGAUGGUAAUUUAUUAUUCGCGACGCCUGUUGCUCGUAAACUGUAUCGUCUGAUAGCCGCUUUUCGAGCAAGAAACGGGCGACGUUCGUGUUAAUGUUUUGUUGAUUAUAUUAUAUGAACGUUGAGGUACAUACAGUUAAAAGAUUAUGAGUUAAUGUUUUAGAAUGAUAUAAGGGGGAAGGAAGAAACGCGGGCCACGUUUUAUACGGGUGCCGGUAGUACUGAUACAUUGUAUAUGACGCGAUGGCGAAACGCUGGUACGAUGGAGAAAAAUAAGUAAGCAAGAUAGAGACGUGGCAUUAGAGAGAGGACGAACGACACGAUGAUAAUGAUAACGCUAACGAUAAUUAAGGAUACUUGAAAAAAAAAAUCACUUUGCAUUGUACAGAAGCAUAAUGAUUGUUAGUUUAGGUAGCUGCGUUGGCACGAUCUAAAUAUCUAAUCGUUUUGAACGCGAUUUAAAAGGGAAUAUCGAGGAACGCGUGUUACAAGUCCCUCUGUGACGAGAAGGCAGGAGCGAAUCGUCAGGCAUCCGCGCGGUAUCUGUCUGGACUCUUCGCGUGUAAGUAUGUAUAUCGAACCGGUUGAAUCAACUUUUGUUGUCGUAGUCGUCGUUGUCGGAUCGGAAGGAAAGAGGAAGGUUUCUACUUUAAUUUCCAGUUUCGAAUUUGUAUCUCUCGUUCUUCUAGACGUCUUUAAUCGUUCUACACGGUAAUUGAAAAUUUGUAACGCUGAACAGUUACGAACGUGUCAAUCGUUUUUCAUCGGUUGUCGCUCGGUGCCGGUUCGACGCUUCCACGAUAUUAAUAUACAUAUAGAGGAAAUAUUAUAAUUGCGAACACGUUAUCGGCCUUAAUACCAUUGGGGACAUGAAUACCGCACCAAAACGAGAUAGGUAACCGUGAGAGCUCUUCCCUGUGCGCGUCGUUUCUUCGUUGUAUCGGAUAAUUCACGAGAUGACGCUGCCCUUUAGAACUUUAUACGUACGGGCAUCUAUGAACGGUCGACGCUUUGGCACACGCGAAGUGGCUUCAGUAAACAUUUUGUUUCAUCGACUGGAGAACAUUCGUAGAGAAGUUUCGUAGGUGAAUAAGCCGUUGCUUUACGAACAAUCCGAUACAUCGAUUAAACGUGGCUCCGAUCCGAUGAAAACGGAACGGAACAGGAGGGAACGGUCGUGGUUGAAUAAAUUUUGUUCGGCUAGCUUUAAAAUAACGUCUCGUGUACCUUGUUGUUAGUGUCUAUUCUCCGAUGCGUGCGCGUUUGCGUUCGCACGCAGCGAUUCUCGCGAACUAGGAAUUGAGGAAUCAAACAGUUACUUUCGUACCAUCGAAUUAUAAGUUCUCCGGGCCACCGAUAGACUUUCAUUCCCGUGCUCCUCCUUUAAAUUGGGUAUGCACACGCAUCGAUCCUGCGAAAUAGUUUACGUACUUUGGCCUAAACGUUGUAAGAGAGAGAAACAAAGAAAAAAAAAAGGUUUCCUCGUCCGAAACGUGAUGCAACCACCUGGGGCUUCGUUGAUUUCCUUUUGUUAACGAGGAAAGGUCGGCCAGCGAGUUUCCGAUCUUGCUUCGCCACCGCUUCGUCCGUCUGUCCGUCUCUUUUCUUAAUAUUACCAGGUAUGCUGCAUUAUGCAUUCGUUCCACCCUUCUGCGUUUUCUAUCGUAAGAUCAACUCUUGCAUCAACAAGUAAGCGAAAUCUACUGCCCCUACUUGAACAAACGUUUAUUUCGACAAAAGAAUACGUCAAAGGUCUUUAAGAAAGUGAAACUAUUAGCACUAGCAUUGUAUAAGAAGUAUUCGAGCUUGUAGAAAAGUGAACGAGCGACGGGAGAGAUGAGAUCGGCAGAUGGGCUGAACGCGUGAGUGAGUGAGGUGAACCGGAUGAAUCGAAAAACGGGUAAAACGAAGAGAACAACGGAAUUUGGGAAUUGUGACGAAGCAGAGGGAACCUCGAGAACGCGACGUGAGAGCAAGUAUCGAGAGGAGAAGGGAAUAAAAACAGGAAGGACGGAAUAUAUGUAUAAGUAAUGUAUGUACAUUUGGUCGUGUCGCAUUGGUGCAAUUAUUAACUCUUUGAGAGACUAUUUCAAUAAUCUUAUAUGAGUGUCAAUUCCACUUUCGAACGUAAAUCGUAAGUUUGCGAAUGUUUUCAGAUAAAAAAAAAGAAAGAACAAACGAACAAAAAAUAAUAAAAGAGCGAUAGAGAAGGGAAGUUGUCGAUGUUAAAAACAUAUAAGUAACGAUAAGAGAGGUUGCGUGGUCGUGUCUCUUGACUGCCACGCGACAAAGUGAGAUUACUAUAUAUAAAAUAAAUUUACAUUUACCGAAGAUAUAUAGAAGAAAAUGAGAAAAAAAAAAUAAUGAAAUAAAUUAGGGAAUGAGAGAGUGGGAGAGAAAGGGGAGAGUACGAAUUUUGACCGUGCGAACGAGGGUGAGAGCGAAAGAGGAGGGAUGAAAGCAAGAAAAUCGCGGGGAUGUAGGUGAGACCGGGUAUCGACUGAAUGAGAGCUAAGUGUCUGCAAAGGUGAGUUUCAUCCAAAUCGAGCGAAAGAGUGCGUGUCGCGUGCGUGAUGUUGCGAGAGAGGUAUCCAAGCACGAGAGAGAUAAACAAAUUUAAAUAUAUCUAGCAUGUUCAAGACAAAUGGUACGAGAAAAAUACUUUUUAUCAGUAGACACACUUUCUCUAUUAGGCGAGGAAACUAUCGCAGACGCGAAAGAAAGAUGACAAAAGCGAUAGACAUAGAAAAAUAGAACAGUGAAGACAAAAACGAAAAAA